AUGCCGAAGAAGGUGGCGUUUCGACCGAUCCAGCAGCCCUCGUUUGGACUCAUUUCAGAAUCGUCGCGCGUCGAGCAUGUCGUGCGACAGGCGAGUGGACCUCCGCCAUCCACGUUGUCCCCGCAUCGUCGACUGCGCACCGAUCUUGGCCAGCGAUUCGUGCGGAUGAUGGCGACGUUGACCGCAUUGGCGCAUUCGCAUCUCCGCGACGACACCACCAUGCCCACAAUCGACGUUCCCCCCGUGCAACUCGCGCCACACACAAACGCCCCUCCUCCCAGACGAAUGCGUGAUGCGACGCCGUCGUGCACGAAAGAGUGCACACCCACAGACAAGCCACUGCAACCCGAGGCAAGUGCUGCUGCAGUCGACCAAGUGCACGACGAGGGCAGGGGACCACCCGUGCCAGCGCUCGUCUUGGCAUCGACCUCAACCAAGAAGCGGCGACGAAAGCGGCGAGUCAAGCGAACGUGGAAGACGUCGCAUGCGACGUGGUGUCCAAGUCAAGCGGAUGCCAACAACAUCUCCGCAUACAACCGCGAGUCCGAGUUGCGCAAGCUCGAGCUCCUGCACACGCUGAGCACAUUGCAGCAUCCGUCUCUUCUCCGUUCAUCUUCUCGGGCCUCCGUUCGAGGUGCAUCAACGCGAUCCAAGUCGUCGUACACGACCAUCACGUGUCCCCACGACGACGGCAUGUACGCCGACGACACGUUAUCGCAGCCGAGCGACUGCAUGGCCAGCAUCGAGGGCAGCCGCCAAGAGCCGUUGGAUGGCCCGCCACCGUCGCCUCAACCAAAGACAAUUACUAUCGAGAUACGCCUGAAGCUGGACCCGCCGCGACCCCCCAGCCCCCCUACAGCGUCCAACUCGUCCCUGCAACGGACUCAGCAAACGAAGACUGCCAGCACCAGCCCCCCGUCGUCGGUGGCCAGCGCCUCCUCCCCCUCCCUUCGUCCAGUUGAGUCGACGACACUUGACCAAGCCCCUUCUCCAAACGCCCCAACGCUUCCAGCGCCCAAACUCCAUCGCCACACCCCCACAGUCAUCACCCGCGAGAUGGCGGCGUGGCUGCGGCAACAUGGACUGUUCAAGGUCAAGCCUCGCCACGAGCUACAGCUCACGAUGGCGGAUCAGCUUCCCCUCCAUGCAUCCUGA